UGUUUUGGUUGUAAUGGCGGGUUUGAGAUAUUUUACUUUCGGUUUUUCAGUCGUUGUUUUAGUGCUUAUAAGCAGCACCAGCUGAAAUAUUAUCGCUCAGAUGUGAAAUGAAGCGUCUGUAUGACUAUAAACGCUAAGUUUUAUGCUUGUUUUUACUGUGAAGAUCGCUGUUUGAUCAGAAGUUAGCAGCUGUAAGUGAGUUAAACAAACCGUGAUGAUGGAGUGUUCAUUAGUUAAAGACAACCCGCUGCUUUUACCGCUGAACAAGGAGAAAACUGCAUUUGACGGAUUCAUCACAGUCAAGGACAGAGACUUCAGGAUAAGAAUCCUGCUUCCACCAGAUCAGCAGCUGAAAAAAGCCAAGCUGCACUGCUGUUGGCAGCUAAAACACCUGUUGAGAGAAUAUGAGCAGAUAGUGAAGCAGAGGCUGCAGCAGUCUGCUGAUCUCUCCAGUUUCAUCCUGGAGCUGAAGACUGUUUUGGAGGUGUGCCUGAAGAGCCAUCCCGAGUGCCGCUCCAUGCCCCCUCCUCAGUAUUACUCUCAGCUCAUCUCAGAGAUGGAGACCCUUGGAUGGGACAAGAUGCUUUUCAUAGACACAAACUUCCAAACUCUGAAGCUGAAAGCGGAGGACUCCUCCGGGAGACAGCAUGUCCUCAACAUUAAACUCAAGUCGAAGCAUCCCACAGAAGCUCCUGAUUGUUCAGCCGACCUGCCGGUUCCUCUGAACAUUAAUUGGACACCACAGAGCACUCUAGAUCAGCUCCACAGUCAGUUCCUGCUGGUUCUGGAGUCCCUGGCAGAGUUCUGGGACGUCCUGGAUGAAAUUGACACGAAGACCUGGAUUCUGGAGCCAGAAAGACCCAGCCGCUCUGACACCAUGAGGCGGAUUGCCAUCAAAAACAACGUGUCCAUCAGAGUGGAAGUGGAUCCCAGACACCCAAGGAUGCUUCCAGAGUGCUGCCUGCUUGGAGCAGAACACGUGGUGACGCCACUGAGGAGCAAACUGAACGCCAACAUGCACACGUGGAACCCGGACUCCAGCGUCUUGCACAACCUUCGGGAUGUUUUGGAGAUCGAGUUCCCUUCACCGGCCACCCACGAAAAAUCUAGUUUCAACACGGAGUGUGGCAUCUGUUACUCGUAUCGUCUUGAAGCGGCUGUCCCAGAUCAAGUGUGUAACGACCCUCGCUGUGGUCAGCCGUUCCAUCAGGCCUGUCUCUAUGAGUGGCUGCGAGUGCUCCCCUCCAGCAGGCAGAGCUUCAGCCUUUUGUUUGGAGAGUGUCCCUACUGCAGUAAGCCCAUCACAGUGAAAAUGGCGACCCAGAAGUCCUGAGAGGCUCCCUUCAGUCAGACAUCUACUUCCUGCUGAUAACUCACAAACUUUAUUUAA